UCAGGAAAACUGUCAAAACUAUAUCAGGAUUAUGGCGAAGACGGCGCAAGGUCGUCUUCUCCUGUGUGGUACGAACGCUUUCAAACCGAUAUGCAGAGAAUACAACGUGCUCAGCAGGAAUUACACGGUGGAGAAGGAGAAACCGGGUCAAGCGGUCUGUCCGUAUGAUCCUCAUCACAAUUCUACAGCCAUCUAUGUCGACGGAGACCUCUAUACCGGCACGGUGGCCGAUUUCAGCGGAAUGGACCCCAUUAUCUACAGGGAACCGCUACAGACCGAACAAUACGAUUCGAUGAGUCUCAACGCUCCCGAUUUCGUCGGAUCCAUGACCCAGGGGGACUUCGUUUAUUUCUUCUUCAGGGAGACGGCCGUCGAAUACAUCAAUUGUGGCAAGGCUGUCUAUUCUCGUGUGGCACGAGUAUGCAAGAAUGACCGAGGAGGACCACACCGUUUUCGUAAUCGAUGGACGUCCUUUUUGAAGUCCAGAUUGAAUUGUUCCGUUACCGGUGAAUUCCCAUUUUCGUUCAACGAAAUACAAUCAGCCACCGAGCUGAUCGACGGCAAGUACGGCGACGCGCAGGCGCAGCUGAUCUACGGUACGUUCACCACACCGCCCAACAGCAUCUCGGGCAGCGCUGUGUGCGCGUUCAGCCUGCAGGACAUCACCGACACGUUCGAGGGCAACUUCAAGGAGCAGCAGGCGCUGAACGCCAACUGGCUGCCCGUGCUGGGCAACAAGGUGCCCGACCCGCGGCCCGGGCAGUGCCACAACGACAGCCGGACGCUGCCCGAUCUGACGCUCAACUUCAUCAAGGCGCACUCGCUGAUGGACGAGAGCGUGCCGAGCUUCUUCGGCCAGCCGAUCGUCAUCCGAACCAGUUUCCACUACCGAUUUACACAAAUUGCAGUUGAUCCUCAAGUGAAAGUACCAGGAGGAAAAACCUACGAUGUUCUGUUCAUCGGAACUGAUAAUGGUAAAGUAAUAAAAGCUGUGAACGGUCUAUCAGCUGACUCCAGGCACGGUGUCAGGACGGUAGUCGUUGAAGAAAUCCAAGUGUUUCCGAGCCACGUGCCUGUGCGAGGAAUCAAAAUAAUGAGAGGUGCCAAAGGCGGUAAAGAUGAAGCUAGACUAGCCGUCGUGUCAGAUACCGAGGUGCAAUCUUUGAAGGUGCACAGAUGUGAUAGCAACAAAAUAUCCAGUUGCAGCGAAUGCGUCGCCCUGCAAGACCCCUACUGCGCCUGGGACAAGGUGCAGGGCAGGUGCCGAUCUCUGGGCGGCGCGGGCCGAUGGGGCGAGGCCAGCUACUUCUUCCAGAGCGUGGCGACGGGCGAACACGCGGCCUGCCCGCCGCCGCCGCCCCGGGCGGGCAAGGACGCCGGCUCGGUGGGCGGGCUGAGCUCGACCAGGCCCGAGUACGGGGAGGGGGGCGAGCGGGGGGCGCAGGGGAACGACAAGCCCGACGGGCAGGUCAUCAAUAUCGUGCAGGACAAGGCGUACGAGAGCAGCGGUCCUGCAGUGACUGCUGCCGAUGCUCUUCCCAACCAGUAUUCUGUUGAAACGCUCAUCAUGGCUGUGGUAGCAGCAUCUGUAACUGCAUUAGUAAUAGGAUUUUUUGCCGGUUACCUUUGCGGCAGAAAAUGUCACAAAGAUGAAGACGAUAACCUGCCUUAUCCAGAUACCGAGUACGAAUAUUUCGAACAACGUCAAAAUAUGAACAGCCGGAUAGCCGCCGAGCCGAAACUCCUGCCCCAAGAAGAGGUGACGUACGCGGAGCCGGUGCUGGUGCCGCAGCCGCCGCCCAAGCUGCACUCGCCCAAGGGCACGCUGCGCAAAGGCCCGCCCCACCACAACGCCGAGACGCUGUUCCAGUUCCAGCCCGACGCCGCCUACAACGGCAGAGACAGCUACCGGGGCAGAGACAACUUCGGCACGCUGCGCUCGCAUCAGUUGUUGCAGGGCGACAACAAUUACCGACGCGGCGGCAACGGUGGCAAUGGUAAUGGCGGCAACGGCGACGGUUUCGCGACCACGCGCAGCGUCAAGAAGGUCUACCUCUGA